CUAAAAGAUCAAUUUCGCUGUUUCCGGUGCUUAAAGAAAUAUCACACAUCCAAAAAAUGUUGGAAUAAAUGUAUUUGCACAUUAUGUAAGAAACCGCAUAGCGAAUUAAUUUGUGAUAAAUCAGCAAUAAAUAAUGAGUCGAAAGAGAAAAACGAUACUUUGGCAUCCGUUACCGCUUCAUGUGUUUCGAAACGAAAACAAAAUGAAAUGAUCUAUUUACAGACUUCUUUAGCGUAUUUGAUUUAUGGUAAUGUAAAGAAGUUGGUUAGAAUUUUAUUUGACUCUGGUAGCCAUCGCAGUUUUUUGAAACGGGAUAUUUGUAAUGAGUUGAACCUCAGGACCAUUAAAACUGAACGGUUGCAUGUUUUCGGUUUUGGAGAAAAAAUUUCCAAGGGGUGUUCUUAUGAUUUAGUGAAAGUGAAUCUUCAGAACAAAAACGAUAAAAAAUUAAAUGUUUGCAUUGAAGCAUUUGUAGUAGAAAAAAUAACGUGUGGGAAAAUAGCCGCACCCCAUGAGAAAAUUAAACAAUUAGCAAGGAAAAAUAAUAUUUUUCUUUCGGAUACCGGAGAAAUUGCUGAUAUAGACAUUUUGAUCGGCGCCGAUUUCCUACAUGACGUAAUCUUUGAUACGUCUUUGAGGCUGGGAAAAGGGCUCGUUGCAACCGAUAGUUUAUUUGGUUUUGUGGUUCAAGGGAGAUUCAUGAAUAAUUGCCAAUUAAGUAGGAUUGUAAACAAUACUAUAAUAUCUGAUGUUGAUUAUUCUUUGUUUUGGAACCUUGAAGGAUUAGGAAUAAAUACUAUGAACGAAGAAAAUGUUGAUAAUAAAAGUGAAUUGUUAAAAGGUUUUAAUUCUGAUUUGCAUUUUGAAAAUAAUAGGUAUAGUGUACGACUUCUCUGGAGACCAAAUACAAAACAUUUGUUAAAUGAUAACUUUGAGCUGGCUUCAGAGAGGUUUGACAAAUUAAAGAGGAGAUUUAAGAAUGAUAAAUCCUUGUUUGAAGAAUAUAAAAAAGUUAUAAAAACUUACGAAAAUGAAGGGAUAAUUGAGAAAGUUAAAAACACUGAUCCCCAAAAUUAUAAACAAUGUUAUUUACCUCAUAGGGCGGUUAUAAGAAACGAUAAACUAACUAGCAAAUUAAGGAUUGUAUUUGACGGUUCCGCGCAUAAGAAAAAUGAAUUGUCUCUUAACGAUUGUUUGUAUAUUGGGCCAAAUUUAUACCCAGAUAUAUAUGAACUUAUGCUAGCGUUUCGGGAAAACAAGAUUGCUUUUAUAGGGGACGUUCAACAAGCUUUCUUACAAAUAGGGAUUAAUGUAGAAGAUCGAGAUGUCACAAGAUUUCUUUGGUCAGAUGACCCCGAUAAUGAUUCGUCUACAGUAAUUUAUAGAUUUUGCCGCGUACUAUUUGGUAUCAACUGUAGCCCUUUUCUCUUAGCGGCUACUAUUAAAGAGCAUAUUAAAAAGUUUGCAAAAUCAAAGCCUCUUGCGUAUGAAUUACUAAAUGAAAGGGUAUAUGUCGAUGACGUCAUAGGGGGAAGUGACAGUACAGAUACAGCAUUUCAAAUAAGUUCUGAUUGUGUUGAAAUAUUUCGGGAUGCGGGCAUGGUAUUGAGAAAGUUUCAAACAAAUGAUAAAAAAUUACGUGAAUUAUGGAAGAAUGCAGGUAUAGAUGUUCAGAAUGAAAAGGAAUCGUUAGGUCAAUCAGGCUUUCCAUUUAAAGUUUUGGGAGUUUGUUGGGAUCCUGAAAAAGAUGUAUUUUACUUUGAGUCCAAAUAUCUGUUAAAAUUGAUAGACACAGGGCAAAUAACAAAACGAUUUAUUUUGAAAAUCAUUGGGCGUAUUUUUGAUCCAGUAGGAUUUUUGGGACCCUUUACAAUGCUUCUAAAAUCUCUAGUUCAAAGCAUUUGGAAAAGCGGAUUGGAGUGGGAUCAAGAGCUACCCUUAGAUAUGGAAAAUCAGUGGCGCGAAAUAUGUAAACAAUUCGGUGAACUUAAUGAUUUGAAAAUACCGCGUUAUUAUUUUUUCGAAGCAGGUAACAAAGAAAUUAUAAGUUCACAGUUACAUAUCUUCUCUGACGCCAGCUUAAAGGGUUAUGGUACAGUUGCCUAUAUCAGAUCAGAAACUAGUGAUGGGCAUAUUUCUACAUGUUUUGUUUCAGCUAAAAGUAGAAUUGCGCCCCUCAAAAUGAUUACAUUACCACGACUUGAGCUACUAGGUGCCCUCCUCUCUGCUAGAUUAUUUCGAACUAUUACUAGAGCCAUAAAAAUUCCGUGUGACAGUUUCUUUUGGUGCGAUUCCUCUAUUGUGUGUUGUUGGAUAAAAACUCCUGCCAUUCGUUUUAAACAAUUUGUGCGUAACCGAUUGGAAGAAAUUCAAGAGAUUACUCAACCUAAGGACUGGUUCCACUGCCCCGGAAUUGACAAUCCUGCCGAUCUUAUUAGUAGAGGUGCUUCCAUGAGUAUAUUGAAGAAUUCCGACAUUUGGUGGAAGGGGCCACCUUGGUUGUCCCUUCCGACCGAAAUGUGGCCAGAAUUGAAACUCUUCAAAGAAAAUGAUGAACAAAUUGAGUAUCGUAAAAAUGAAAUCACCGUUAUGAAAUGUGUAGAUGGUGAAGAACUUGAGUUGAUAAAUAUCGCUAACUUUAGCAACCUCGAAAAAGUUGUUAGAAUCAUAGCGUGGGUAGUGCGAUAUUUGAACUGUUUAAAGAAAGUUAAGCCGAAUAUGGACACUUUGACUGCAGAAGAGCUCCGAAAUUCUGAAGAUAUACUAGUAAAGCUUACUCAAGCAAAAUUCUUUGAAAGUGAGAUACGAGCUCUCCAAUCUAGUUUGCCUAUUCCAGCUUCUUCUACUAUUUUCAAUUUAGCUCCUUAUCUUGAUGAAAAAGGUAUCCUGAGAAUCACAGGAAGAUUGGACGAAGGAGAUUAUUCUUUUGAUGAGAAAAAGCCUAUAAUCAUACCAAGACAGUCUAAAUUUGCAGAGUUGCUUGUCAAGCGAGAACACGAAAAUGUAUUUCAUUCUGGAGUAGAGAGCACUCUAGUACAAAUUCGGAGAAGAUUUUGGGUGCCUAAAGGAAGACAAUUAGUAAAAAAGGUUGUCUCGAAAUGUUUGAUUUGUCGCAGAUACACAGCCAAGCCUUCUACCCAAAUGACUGGACAGCUUCCAAAAGAUCGAAUUAGUGAAACUCCUGCUUUUACCGUAUGCGGAAUUGAUUUUGCCGGACCAAUCUACAUCAAGGGUGAAAAUGGAAUAAAGAAAUCAUAUAUAGCCUUGUUCACAUGCGCAGUCACGAGAGCAAUACAUCUUGAAUUAGUCUCAGACAUGUCUACUUCAACUUUUCUGCUCGCAUUCAGAAGAUUUCUCUCUAGAAGAGGUGGUUGUCAUACAAUCUACUCCGACAACGCCAAGACUUUUAAAUGUACUGAUAAAGAGCUUCAGAGAUUAUUUGAUAUUUUGGAAAAUUCCGAAUUCAAAAACUUUCUUGCUGCUAAAAGAAUAUCCUGGAAAUUCAUCGUCCAACUUGCCCCUUGGUGGGGAGGAUUUUAUGAAAGAUUGGUAAAAAGUGUCAAAGAGCCUCUAAAGAAAAUACUUCGAAAAGCUCUCUUAAAUUUUGAAGAGAUGACCACUAUAUUGACUGAAAUCGAAACCAUCGUUAAUCUUCGACCCUUGUCCUACGUCACUAACGAAAUUGGUGAACCGGAAAUUCUUACCCCAUCACAAUUUUUAACCCCUGGUAAAGAAAAGGCAGAGUAUCCAGCCCAUUUCAUAGAAACCAUCCAUAGAGAAUCCACCAAAAAGAUUCUUAUAAAAAGAAAAGAAUACCAAGCUACAUUAUUGGCUAAUUUAUGGAAGCGCUGGAAGGAGCGCUAUUUGUUUAAUUUGAGAUCUGCACACAACUUUACUUCUCCUAACCUAACAAAAUGUUUGAAAGUGGGAGAUGUGGUUUUGAUGGAGGGCACCACAAAAUCAAAACUAUUAUGGGACAUAGGUAUUAUAACAAAAGUAUUUCAAGGGCGUGAUGGACUUGUAAGAUCUUGCCUUAUUCGCAAAUCCAAAGGCGAAUAUAAACGCCCGGUACAACUUAUUUAUCCUUUAGAACUCAAUGACUAA